AUGAAGGCGAGAGCGUUUUUAGUGUUCGUUUUUCUGCUACUGGCGCCGUUGCACGGCGGCGCUUCAGCGGCGGCUCGCCGGAGCCUUGAAGUCAAGAGGCGCUUGGGCCGUCUGAACAAGCCGUCUGUCAAGUCCAUCAAGAGCCCAGAUGGUGAUAUCAUUGAUUGUGUCCAUAUUUCUCACCAGCCAGCUUUUGAUCAUCCCAUCUUUCAAAACCACACAAUUCAGAUGAGGCCUAGUUAUCACCCAGAGAAGUUAUUACUGACUGAGAGCAAAAAUGAAGCUGGGCCAAAGCCAAUGGCUCAGUUGUGGCACAUGAAUGGGAGAUGCCCAGAGGGCACAGUCCCCAUGAGAAGAACCAAGAAAGAGGAUCUGUUUAGAGCAAGCUCCAUCAAUAAAUAUGGGAAGAAAAACAAGAAGAGCAUGCCUAGACCAACAUCUGAUGAUGCCCCUGAGCCUAACCUUGUAAACCAAAAUGGGCAUCAGCAUGCCAUAGCCUAUGUUGAAGGAGAUGCAUAUUAUGGAGCAAAGGCAACCAUAAAUGUGUGGAAUCCUAAAAUUCAACAGUCAAAUGAGUUCAGCUUGUCCCAGCUAUGGAUUCUUGGAGGUUCUUUUGCUUCAGAUCUCAAUAGCAUUGAAGCAGGCUGGCAGGUUAGCCCAGAUUUAUAUGGUGAUAACAACACAAGACUCUUCACAUACUGGACUGUAAGUUUAAUUUGGAUCCAUCAAUACAACAAAAUAAUUAAAGGGAGCAUUUUGCAUUUGAAGAAAGUUAAACUUAAACUUAAUAACAUAGGCAAAAUUGACAAAAUUUCAGUGUGCUUCUUAAUUGUAAUUGACCCGAAAGAAGGAAACUGGUGGAUGCAAUUCGGGAACGAGCAUGUUUUAGGAUACUGGCCGGGAUUCUUGUUCUCCUACUUGUCGGAAAGUGCCUCGAUGGUCGAGUGGGGAGGUGAGGUCGUCAACUCCCAAUCGGACGGCCAGCACACCACCACCCAAAUGGGGAGUGGCCAUUUCUCUGAAGAGGGGUUUGGUAAGGCCAGUUACGUCAGGAAUAUUCAGGUCGUCGAUAGCUCUAACAAUUUGAGGGCCCCAAAGGACAUCGGUAUUUUCACCGAGCAGUCGAGCUGCUACAACGUGCAGCUCGGCAACAAUGGGGGGUGGGGCAACUUUUUCUACUAUGGUGGGCCCGGGAGGAACAUUGAUUGUCCGUGA